AUGGCGACUGAUAAGCAAAAGACGGCACUGACCGUAGCCGCAUGUGCCACAGCGUUCGUGGGUCUCGCUAUAUGGGCGCAUAAACAGCGGACGCGUCUGUUGCGUAAACAGCUGACUCACUUGCGUUUUGAUCUAAGCGUAGCAGAGAUCGAAGCUGAGACGGCGCGGAUCCUGGCGCAGAUGAAGCGCGUGGACGAUGAGAUUGCAGCCCUUGCACCCUCCGCCAUGACGUUUGAAAACACUGUACAAAAGCUCAUUGACUUGGACCACGAGAUGAUAAGCCGCGUAACGAACGUGACGUUCCUGGGACAAGUGGCAGUCGACAAGGAGACGCGCGACGCCUGUACUAAGGCAGACGAGGCCAUUGAAGACUUUUCUGUGCAGCGGAGCAUGCGUGCAGACGUUUACAAGUCUGUUCAUAUGCUCUAUGAGGGCUCUAUCUAUCAUAAACUAGACCCAGUGACGCAGCGCUACGUGCAGCGUCUGGUGCAGGAUUUUGAGCGUAACGGACUGCAACUACCAUAUGAUAAGCAAAAAGAGGUGCAGGCUUGGAAGCAGAAGUUAUCCAAGCUUGGCAUUCAGUUCCAGCAGAAUCUCUCGGAGGAGACGAUUGAAGUACAGUUUGCGCAGGACGAGCUAAAAGGGCUUAGUGAAGACUUUAUCGCUGCGCUUGAGAAGGACAGCAGUGACAAGUACAAAGUUGCCCUCUCGUACCCGACGGUAUUUCCAAUUCUUAACACAUGCACUGUGGAAUCGACUCGCAAGGCUGUGGAGUAUGCCUUCAAUCGCCGCUGCAUCUCCACGAAUGUCGCCAUUCUCGAAGAGAUGCUGGAGAUCCGACACAAAGUGGCACUGGCACUGGGAUACAAAAACCAUGCUGCGUACAUUCUCGAGCAAAGGAUGGCAGGAUCGCCGGCAAACGUCAAGAAGUUCUUAGAUGACCUAAACAACAAGCUAGUGCCGCUUGCCAAUAAAGAUCUUAAUGAUUUACUAAAGCUGAAGGAAGCCGACUGUGCGCGGAAUGGAAGCAAGUUUGAUGGCAAGAUUAAUAUGUGGGACUUCCGCUUCUACAUGGACCAGUUUGUCAAGAAGCACUGCUCCAUUGACUCUGAAAAGCUGCGUGAAUAUUUUCCGCUAUCGCACGUGACGGAUGAACUACUGUCCAUGUACCAGGAGCUGUUGAGUCUGAAGUUUGUAGAGAUUUCUCAGCCUCACGUGUGGCACAGGGAUGUUCGCAUGUUUGCGGUCUACGAUUCCCGCCCGGGGAAGAUCGGCAACCUUGUUGGUCACUUCUACCUGGACUUAUUCCCCCGCGCAGGCAAGUAUGGCCAUGCAGCCUGCUUCACGCUUCAACAGAGCUGCGUCAAUUCUUCUGGUGUUCGUGAGUACCCUGCUGCCGCCAUGGUUGCUAACUUCAAUGCCCCAACAACAUCAAAGCCGUCGCUCCUGGGACACCAAGAGGUUGUGACCUACUUCCACGAAUUUGGCCACGUCAUGCAUUGCUUGUGCUCAGAAGUGAACAUUCCUCGCUUCGCUGGCACGCGUGUAGAGCGUGACUUCGUGGAAGCUCCGAGUCAGAUGCUUGAGAAUUGGUGUUGGGAAAAGGAGCCGUUGCAGCGUCUAUCGUCGCAUUACGAAACUGGCGAGAAACUUUCGGACGAGCUGAUUGCUCGCCUGAUCUCGACGAAAAAUGUGCACGCAGGACUGCUGAACAAGCGUCAAUUGUUCUUUGCCAUCUUUGACCAAACCAUUCAUUCCAAGCCCAAGACAAACACGACGCAGCUUGUGAACCAGCUCCAGCGUGAAAUUCUGCUGAUUGAUGUAACACCUGAUACAAACUUUGCCGGAUCAUUUGGUCACUUAGCUGGUGGCUAUGAUGCCCAAUACUAUGGCUACAUGUGGAGUGAAGUGUUUUCGAUGGACAUGUUUGUAUCUCGAUUCAAGAAAGAAGGCCUUAUGAAUUCAAAGACAGGAUUAGCCUAUCGUGAGCUUAUUUUAGCUCGUGGUGGUUCUGUGGAUGCAAGUAAUAUGCUCGACGACUUUUUAGGUCGUAAACCUAAUCAGGAUGCUUUUUUACUUAGUAAAGGGCUGAAGGUCGAAACCGCUUAA